CCCAGACUUCCUGCGGCUCCUCCCGGCCUCUCCCGCACUGCCCUCGCCGUCUCCGGGUGCCUGUGUCAGUGUCAAGGGAGGUUCUCGGUGCGGCGGCCGGGCCCGACAAGAUGGAGGUGAAGGAUGCGAACGCCGCAUUACUCAGUAACUUUGAGGUGUUCCAGUUACUCAAUGAUCUUAAGCAGCAGCGCAAAGAGAGUGGGAAGAACAAGCAGAGCUCUGGUCAACAGAAUCUGAACACGAUCAUGUAUGAAACCCUGAAGUACAUUUCCAAAACACCCUGUAGACACCAGAGUCCUGAGACGGUGAGAAACUUCCUCAUAGCAAUGAAAGGCCAUAAGCUAACCAAGGCAGAAAAGCUCCAGUUGCUUAACCACAGGCCUGUGACAGCAGUUGAAAUACAGCUGAUGGUAGAAGAAAGCGAGGAAAGGCUCACAGAAGAGCAGAUUGAGUCACUUCUCCAGACAGUCACCAGUAUUCUUCCAGGGGAUCCUGAAGAACAACAGAGAGACUCAGCAAUGGCAACUGAAGACAAAAGUGACCAAGCUUAGGAGGCAUCUAGACCAAAGCUGGCAACGAUUUCAGCGGAAGAGAAUCAGCUAAUAUUUUUCUGGUUUUUACUUGAUACCAGUUUCAUCUUGUAUUGGACAUCAUUGUAAAAUAUGUUACAAUUUUUAUGACUUGGAGGUGAUGAGGGAACCAAUUGUUUACCAGAAAGCAUGGAAAAGGACAUUAUUGUUUUGGCAUUUUGUCAUAAACAGGAAUGGCAAUAACUGAGUUUGUAAAGUCUGAGAAAUUAUGGGGCACCCAAUCUGAAGCUUUUGUAUUUUUUCCAUUACCCAUGUAACAGCUGUACAUUUGAAUAGGCUCAUGUACAGCUGGCACUGUUUUAAUUAUCACAGCAGUGCUAAAAUUAUAAUUGCUUUCAUACGUUUUUGAAUUGCCCAACUGGUUUUCAGAAUGCAUUCUACAAUACAAAGCCAACUUGUGGAGCUGUUUGUGAAGAGGGCUCUUUUCAGUGACCAGAACAGAGAAUAAUGUACAAAAACUGCUUGGUAUCUGGCCAGACAGUUUCAUGUAGGCUGUUGGCAUCGUGGAAGUGAGAAGAUCUGUGGGAAGGGUAACUGUUCUCAAGAAUGUCUGGCAUUUCUUGGUAAAAGAAUUACCCAGAUCACUAGCUAAAUCAAUGUACUGCCACCAUAGUCAGCUGCAUUGGACCAGUUUAUGGCAGCUGAGGCUCUGGACUCAGAUGUUGAGGCUCUUAGUAAUACAAACAGAAGAGUAUUUAGGUGAGAUGUAUAUUUUCCCUUCGACUGUUUGUUUCCAUAGUUAUAUAUAGACAAGUCACAGUCUUGUGAACAUGCUCAUGACCAUGAAAUAAAUGAAUGAGUCAACACCGGAGUCCUAAUCUGGUUUGGAAGGAUGGGAAUCGGUCCUUGUUAAAGCAGAGUUUUCUGUGUACUGAGCUUUUGUCUGACUGAAGAUUUCAGGAUCAAGUAUUUAAUGUUGAAACUAUAGAUGAUUAUAAUAAAUCAUUUGGGUAGUAUACAUAUAUAUACAUAAAGUAAUGAGUUAUACAUGGCACUGGUUUUAUACGAUGACUGCAGACCAUUCUUCUAUAAUUAUAACAUACUGGAAAUAGAAAUAAAGCUUAAAGUGUA